UUCAUAAAAAUAGCAUUAAAAAAGUCACACAGGUCCUACGAAAAUUUAAAAAAUUAUUAAUAAAAUCCCCAAAAACAUGUUUAAAAUUAUAAAAAUCUAUCAAAAAUGAGUUUUAAGUGGUUUUUAAUUGAAAAACGUUAAGAAAAUCUGUGAAAAUAUGUUAAUUUAAGCCAAUUGAAAAAAAACAGACCUCAACUAACCCUAAUAAUGGGAAAAAAUCUAUAAUACAAUUUUAGAGUGUAACUAGAAAAAAAGAUUUUAGAUAGCGACACAAACUUUUUCUCCAAAGAAAACAUAAAAAUGGCUAAAACUAUUUAAACAAAUUUUAAUACGAACUAUUCGUUUUAAAUUGAGCAAAAAAAAAAAAACCCAAAAAAAAGAAGUAAAAUUAAUAUUUUAAAAGUCGCUGUGUAUUAAGAAAAAUGCCUUUAUCUACCAGUACAUCGGCUCAGCAAUUGCGUCCAUUAACACUGGCUGGACCAGAACGUGAACCAGUACAAUUCACCGUAAAUCUGGUAGGGGCACCAGCCGAGGUUGAGCAGCUAGUACAGCAAAUAAAAACUGUUGCUGAACAGUUCCUAUAUCAUUGGAAAACAUUUCCCAUUGUUCUUCCUCAACCCCUUUCCGCAGCUGCUUUAACCCUAAGCAGUUCUGGCAAUAAUGGCUCCAAUACGGUAGGCAAUCGUAAACCCAGACCCAUUAAUUUAAGGGACUUAUUUAUAGCACCACCCUUUGAUGAGCUCGAUGCAGUGGCCUCAGAUGGCACCGGUGAUCCUCGGCGUCUUACGAAUUCUCAAUUAAAAUCAUUACGUGAAAAUGGCUUACAAAAGGAUAAAUAUGGAAAACCCAAGAAAUUAACUUUGGAACAAUUGGAAACCAUACGUAAAAAUGGAGAAUUUAAUGUGCCUAGUUUGCAUUUCCCGGGCCAGGUUCAUAAAUGGCGUUUAUCGCAGCUAUUGCAAAAAGGCACUCUACGAGCUCACGAUUCAUUUUUAAGCGAUUUAGCUUUGGCCGCCCGUUUUCUAGUGGUCACUGCUCGAGGCCGUAUAUUUUCUCAUUUCUUUUCGGUAUAUCAUGCUAUACACGCUCUGUUGCAUGGCCUAGUGAGGGUGGUCGAUAUGUUUAUUGGUGUACCCGCUUUGUUGGCUCACAAUUUGGAUUAUAAGAUUAAGGAGGAAAGAUGUCGUUUCCUCAUAGCGGAACUAGUGUGCAGGUCCGAAUUUGAAGACUGCUUGGAUGGUUUAUGCUCUUAUGUCCGCAAAAUGUUAAGACGUGCCACCAUGGAGAAAUUUGAUUUCAAUAGUUGCGAGGUCUCACAGCCAGUGCCAUAUCUCUUCCUAACACCCAAAGGACAAGAAAUCGAUCUACGACUUUUUUGUCGCGAUGUAAUGCGCAAAGCUUUGCCCAUACUAAUUGGCAUACUGGAGAGAGAAACGCGCGGUUGGUUUCUACACUUCCGCGAACGUUUAAUAGCCGAAUUGAGAGCUAAAAAGUUGACGGACAAAGAAAUCGAAGAGGAAGUUAAUGAGGCUGUAAUGAAAGAGUACCUACAACGGGUAUACACUUCAAUAUUAUCCAAUCCAAAGUUGGCCGAACUCGGCGACGGUAUACCCGAGUUAUUAGUGCAGCAGGCCCAGUCGGUGGUGAUUAUGUACAAGGCAGUGGAUAAGGUACAAAAGGAUAUUAAACGCUCGCGUGAAGAUCAUCAGAAAUGUUUAUCGAAUGAUCACUCGGUGUUGUCGCGGGUAGCACCCUGGUUGCGUUCGAAAUUGAGGCAUGCCGAGGAAAGUAAACUGUCCAAGUCAUCCUGGUCGGCCCAUGAGGAAGCCUUGAAAAUGAGCACCAAACAUAAUCUACAUCAAACUGCCUACUUUUUGGGACGUGAUCUGGCCUUUAUGAAAGAACGUGAACCGGUGUUGCUGAAGGAGUUGAAAAAUGCCAAAACGCCCACUCGUAGUUUUCAAUGGGCCUGUCGCAUAUGGUCGCCCAAAUCUUGGAUUAUACGUAGAAAUUUCCAAGGUCAAUCGGAUGUUAUACCCACGGUCAUUAGUCAACAGGCCACUUCCAUAGUAACGCCCCGAUCAGAUCCUAGUCAGCCAGUAUUUUUAGUGGAAAAGGAAAUUGUGCGUACUACCAGCACCAGAUGGCCUUUCUGGCGUUUAUUGAAUUUGAUGCAGCGCACUUGGUGUUGGACCUGGAAUAUGAUGUUUCUGUUGGGCAUUUUGGUGCCCUGGUGUAGUCCCUUAAGUUUAAGAGCCCUGUUCUGUGUUAAGCCUUUCAUGCCAGACCUAGAGUUGUCACAAAUCAAUGGCACCCUUUUUCCGCGCAAGACAAGCAUAACACAGACUAUGGCCUCACGGCUAAUAGAGCUCUGGCGUCACAUAUCAAAAUCAAGAACGCAUUUUGAGACCGAACCGGAUACGGGUUUUAUAGGCAAAGGUUUUACGCGCAAUUUAAAUCGUGUUUGGAAUUAUUUUGUCAAAGGUUUUCUGGGCACUGUGGUUAUAUUGUUUGCCUUUCCCUUACUGUGCUUGGCCUGUAGUUUGCUUAGCAUUAUAUUGGCCUUGACAGCACCCUUUUGGAUUCCCAUCUUCACCAUUUUGUUACAUCUUUAUAUGAUAUUAAUUUAUGACCUGGACUCGCCGGACAAUGCGCGCAAUCGUUAUUGUAUUUUAUUGGAGGCAAUAAUAUGGAAUAUUUUCAUACAAGGCUGUAUACAACCCAUUGCGGCAGUAUUGGUGGCCAGUAUAUUGUGUCCCUUGGUUUCCGGUCUGAUAUUAAUAGUUGGUGUAGUGCGUUAUUCUUUGCGUUUGCUGUGGGAUUCUCUUACUUUUCAUUUGUUUAUUAAAAAAUGUGGCCGCAUACCCGCUUCCGAUAGUUUGGCUGUUAGACGUAUAGCUGGUCCUGGCUUGGCUCUCGACUAUUACUUUAUCAUUAGACCGGAACAAGCUUUGGCGGCUUUUGAAGCUAAAAUGGAAUUGGAUGAAUUGCAAGCGUAUCAACAUGCCAUGGAACGUAUAAUACUACAGCCACAAAAGGAUUUCUCCCAAUUUGUAGAGGCUUGUUUUGGACCCUUCUCGGCACAGCUAUCGAAAACCGGACCCUAUUUGUCUUUGGAUCGUGAGGCCCAAGACUUGAUGACCACAUUGCAUGAGAAAUUGGAGAAAAGAAGGCGAGAAUUGCAAACCGCCUUGACCACUCAAGUCAAGACAAGAAUAAAACUUAAUACCAAGGAAUUAAAGAUUGCCAUACAACUUGCCGCCCAUAUAUUGGAGAAAUACUAUCCGUCGCAUAUUAUAGCUAGGUUAUCCAUAAGUGAGGAUGAAUUUUGGGAUAAUAAGGGCUUAACGGUUAAUGAUUGGCCCGGUUUAGCUGGCCUUAUCUAUACCGAAGUAUUUAGCUUAGAUUUUCUAACACCUCUUAUGGAAAACGAUACUCACUUCAAAUUGGAACCACAUCCCACUUUGGAUUUGACACGUUACACCGAAAUGGUACAAAAUGCCACGGAUGUUAUUGGCUCCAAGGGCUUAGAUCUCCUGGGCAAUGUGUAUGCUCCGCGUGGUAAUGUACAAGUGCAUUUACCAUUUUUGGAAGUGACCGCCUUUAAUCCUAGAUCUAGAAUAACUUUAACUUUCAGAAAACCAGAUAAACGGGACAUUUCCGUUGGUUUGACCACACCUCGCGUUCGUGCCCAUCGUGCUGCCCAGCAAACAAAAACUCCCGAUACUCAUAAACCCUGGCGUCCCUGGAAAAAGAAGUCGGACGACAAAAGUUUAUCGGAAAAGUUAUUGAUACCAUUGCCGGUACCACAUCCUGUACAUAUAGCGAUUAAUAUCUUCAAUCGUGAUGCUGAACAUCCCAUACCUUUAGACUCGGAACUGGUGUGGGAGAUAUUAAAAUCCAUAGAAGAUUGCCAAAGUGGUGAUGCAAUGGCUGUAGCUCAAACAGUUUCACGUUAUCGUGGAGCAGUUACAGAGUCCAGUAAUGAUUCGCUGGCAUCCAGCAGUAGUUUGGGUAGUACAAGAGAAUCGGGUGGUUCGGCCACAGGUUCGGGUUCUGGUAUUGCCAAUGGCAACAACACCGAAACAUUGCCUUGUGUAAAUCGAGAGGUUUGCACUCAAGUUAAAGUGGCCGAAGAACAACCACCCAGUUCUGGUUUCCAUUGGACCCUAAGUAAUUGGGGUGCAGCACAAACUGCCCGCAGGCGUACCAAUUCCAAUGUACGUGUAGAUUUAGCCAGUCCUGAGGAUAUUUCCUUGGAUACCGACAGUUCCAGAGCUGUUUUCAAUCCCUAUGGAACAACUGUCUAAGACAACAUGCUCUGCUCUCAUUCAUAACCAACAUAACACCACAUACACACACAACACUCUACACACACACACCCUCUUUAAGAAAACAAUGUUAUACAAUGGUAAAUUGCUUUUUUAUUAACUUUUUAUUAGAUAAAACAAAACAAAACCAAGUGAAGAAAUAUUUUAUAAGAACCUCCUCUAUAAACAAAAA